AUGAAUGAGGCAAUACAGAAGAUUAGAGCUCGUAUGCAAACGGCCCAGGGUAGACAAAAAAGUUGUGUUGAUUUCAGGCGCAAGGACCUAGAAUUUGAAACUAGCGAUAAGGUGUUCUUGAAGGUGGCACCCAUGAAAGGUGUUUUGAGGUUUGGAAGGAACAUGAAGCUAAAUUUGCGAUUCAUUGGACCUUCUGAGGUCUUGAAGCGAAUUGACCCUAUAGCUUAUCGGUUGGCAUUGCCACCGUUACUCUCUUCACUUCCUAAUGUUUUCCAUGUUUUGAUGCCGAGGAAGUAUUUAACAGAUCUGUCACAUGUGGUGGACUAUAAACCAUUGCGGUUGAAUGAGAAUUUGAGUUAUGUAGAAAAGCUUAUAGAAAUUCUUAUUAGAGAGGUGAAGAUGUUACACAACAGGGAGCGAGAGGAUGAGAUGAAAUCUCGGUAUCCAGAGCUUUUUCAGGAUUGA